AUGAACUACCCCACCAUCCUGCCCUCCUUCGUCUGCAGCUACCGCAGCUUCACCCCUAAGCCCCUCCCCACACAGCAUCACAUCCCCACACACCCCCACAACCCCCUCCCCACACACCCCCACAACCCCCUCCCCACGAACCUCCACAGCCCCCUCCCCACAUACCUCCACGGCCCCCACCCCACACAACCUCACAUCCCCCUCCCCACACAGCCUUACAGCCCCCUCUCCAGACACCCCCACAGCCCCCAACCCACAGAACCCCACAUACCCCUCCCCACACAGCCCCAGAGGCCACUCCCCUCACAGCCCUCGCCCCUCUCAGAAAACAGUCCGGACCCCCUCAGCAAGCUGCAUCAACUCAUGGGACAGCACAGCCGUCCUCGGCUGCUGUACCAGCUGGCUGGCGUGGUGCCCUCCCCUCUCCUCCUGGAGCUGUUGGGCUGCCCGCUGUGUGCCCGCGCCCUAGAGGGCAUGGAGCUGGACCUGAGCGACCUGGAGGGGUCUAGGGGAGAGGCCCACACCUUGCACGACUUCCCCCAGGGAGGAGAGGGGCGCGGCGGCCGUGGGAGGCGCCGGCGGAAGACAGGGCUGGGGGCAGGGCUGGGGCUCGGGGUGAAGAGGGCCAGUAACAGGCUGCUGGAUCUGGGGAUAGCAUUCAGAGACAGACUGAAACGCAUCGUAGACAGCAAGUACUUCAACAGAGGGAUCAUGACCUCCAUCCUCAUCAACACUCUCAGUAUGGGGAUAGAAUACCAUCAACAGCCGGUGGAGUUGACUGAUAUCCUGGAGAUCAGUAACAUCGUGUUCACCUGCAUGUUCCUCCUGGAGAUGCUGUUCAAGCUGCUGGCCUUCGGUCUCUUCGGCUAUAUCAAGAACCCCUACAACAUCUUCGACAGUAUCAUCGUCAUCAUCAGUGUCUGGGAGAUCGUUGGGCAGGCGGACGGCGGUCUGUCAGUCCUGCGUACCUUCCGUCUGCUGCGGGUCCUGAAGCUGGUCCGGUUCCUGCCCGCCCUGCGCAGACAGCUGGUGGUUCUGAUGAAGACUAUGGACAACGUAGCCACCUUCUGUACACUGCUCAUGCUCUUCAUCUUCACCUUCAG